AGCGAUUUGAAAAAUGACUAGCUUGCUUGAAGGCGCAAAGCUAUUUAUUUGACUGAUUUUGUAUUUUUGAACUUGUUUUUUUUUAAAGCGUGUUUUUAGUAUUUAGUUUUUUCAUGUAAAUCAAAAUAGUUUUAGGGUAAAUAUUCAGAAAUUAAAUAAGUAUGGACGCACAAUUAGUCAAGCUUGUGCACAUUUGUUUCUUGAUUAUUCCCACUCAAUCGGGAUUGACAGAAGCAAAAGUAUCAGAGUCAAAAGGAGUCUUAGUUUUACAUCACAGUAAUAUAAAUAUUUACUUUAGCGAGUCAGCGCUGAUGGGGUAAGAAUUAUGUUUAAAUUUAUAGUUAUAUUUAAAACUAUAAUUUAAUUAAAAUAUAAAUAUUUUUUUUUUAAACAUAAAAGAAAAUUCCUGUUUUAGCAGGGUUCAUGAAAUUAUUUAUAUUUCUUUAAAUUACUUACCAUCCUACUUACUUAUGUCGUAACACCAUUUUGGGAAAAUGACUUUAAACAAGAAUUGUCCAUUAGUUUCCAGAUGUAUCAAUUACUUUGCUUGUCUGCAUCUAGCACGUGUUUCAAAGUAUCCUUAGGCAUUCCUCUCUUUGAUUUUUCUCUGUGGAUUCCGUGUUUUCGGAGGGUGCGUCAUGCCUACCUUCAUCUUUUCUUCAUGUUUUUUUCAUCAAGAUUUGUUCAACAAUAGUCUUCUGGAAUGUUCUUUCCAGUAAGUGUUUGUUGGUAAUGGUGUUUAGCCAUUUGAUGUUUAGAAUCUAUCUAAAAGGGAACUUGUUUAUGAUGGUAUCUAUUUUCUGCGUAAUCCUCGCUAUUCUUCAGCAACAGAAAGCUCCAUUGAGUAGGACAGUUUUUAUAUUUGUUAUGAAGAUUGUGACUUUGGUUUGCAGUCAGCUUAUUUGACACACUUACUUUCUUUUGCUGCACAAAUAUUAACCUACCCUUUCCAAUAUGAGCCAUGACAUUCGCUUCAGAUCGACCAUUUAUGUCAAUGGUGAUGUCUAAAUAUGUGAAGAUCUUCACUUCUUUCAUUGCAUUUACUGCUAGCGAGAUAUGCUAUUGGUCGGCGGAUUUUACCUUCAUGAUAUUUGUAUUACUUUUAUUUUUAUUGAGUUCGAGCUGUGCUGAAAUGAUGGGUACGUCUUUAGACUUUUCCUGCAUUUUUUCCUGGUUGGGGGACGAAAAUCAAUGUCAUCUGCAAAGUCAAGGUCAUUCAGUUUUCCUAGGGUGUUCAUGCACUGCAUCCCGUUUCUUUUUUUUUUUUUUGUUGCUUGGAUUUUUUCUUUUUCUAUUCAAUGGCAAGGAAGAAUAGGAAGGGAGAAAAUCAAUGUCAUCUGCAAAGUCAAGGUCAUUCAGUUUUCCUAGGGUGUUCAUGCACUGCAUCCCGUUUCUUUUUUUUUUUUUUUUGUUGCAUGGAUUAUUUCAUUAUCUAGUCAAUGGCAAGGAAGAAUAGGAAGGGGACAAGAGAUAUACUUGUCUGACUCCUGCUUUCACAGGGCAUCUGUACCCCAUUUGUGUACCACCCUGCAUUUCAUUUAUUCAUAAGAACUCUACAUGAUCCGGACAAUUUUCCUGUACCCAAGGUGCCGGAGAAGUUGCCACAAGGUUUGUCGAUCCAAGCUAUCAAAGGCCUUUCGUAGUACUACAAUUUAUCAGCAAGGGAGAUUGCCAUUCGAUGGACUCUUCUACAAUCAUUCAUAGUGUUGCAAUUUGAUUUCUGCAUGAUCUGUUUCGACUGUAGUUCUUGUAGCUCUUUCUAAUUUUCAUUGAUAUAUACAACUGAUUCUUUUAAUAUUUAAAAAAAAUAAAUAAUAAUAAUAAUAUAAAGCUAAAUUAAUAUCUAGAAAUACAUAAAAUAAUUUUGAAAUUUGUGUUAGCACCGAAAAGUGCACUAUGCAUAGAAAUUAAUAUUAAAUUCAAUAAAAUACUUUUGGUUUCAAAUUAAUUUGUUUUUGAAUAAGCUAAAACUGUUCAAAACGUACUUAAUCCUACCCUUUAGCAAUGAAAAUAAAUAUUAAUUAUUACCCUUUUGUUAGUGUUUAGCUGAUCCUACUCAUAAUCUGUGUGAUAGUUUGCAAUGUAAUUAACGCAUUUAUAAAAAAAAUAUGUAAGGAUAUUUCUGUGUUUUUUCUUUGUAUUAUCUCUACAGAUUUCUAAACUGUUUAUCUGACGUCUACAUCGAACCAUGCAAAAUGUCCACACAACCUUCAAGUUCAAAGGUCUUUUUUGUGCUGCCGAAAAACGGGACAACAAAUAACAACUCAAAUCAAACUUUCAUGAAUAUCAACUGUUCUUUACAUCAAGGUGACAUCGAUCCUUCUAACUUUUCUUAUUUUAACAUAGGUUGCGUCCAGGGUGAAACACUUUGUGAUACGAUAAUAAACGUUAAAGCAAGUCGGACCUCCUACACAAACAACACAUUGCUUAAAACGUAUCAGAUCAGCUGGCAACCGCAUGUUUCGGUCAAAUUGAUCAACAACAGCUUUGAUAUUAUCAGCCUGGAUACUUGCAAAAAAUUUUCAACAAAUAUAUAUUUACUGUACGUCCUGCCCGUAAAUAUUAUAACGAUAUGUAUUAUCUCGAUGAUAGUUACUCUGUUGCUAAAAAGGAAGAAAUUGUGUCGACUCAGUGACAUUAAUUCCCAUGAUGUAGUAGUAUACGAAGAAAUUGAAUCAUCUUUGUAUUCAAAUAUUCCUUUACAGAAAACAAUGACAGGCACUGUUGACAACCAAUGCGUUGGAAAAUCUGUUUGCGUUAAGGAAAAUAAUUACGUCAUCGGAAGGCAAAGUGGAGAUAGAACGCAGCAAGCAGGCUCACUAUUCAGUGUGUAUGUCAAUUUCAAAGAAAACGACAAUGAAGCUAUUGAAAAUGGUAUUGUAGAAGGGGAUCAAACACAAUUGACUUACUACGUAGUAGAGCCAGAAACUGAAUCCUUUGGCGACGAGCAGUCUUAAAUGUGAA